UCCGGUCAAGAUGGUUCCCUGAACGGUGGCGGGCUCAGGUGCUCCGUAACCCAGCAUCGGUUCUGCUGCUUAAAUCCAGCGUUGGAGGCCCCGGAAGGUACUUACUCGCCGAGGGAAGCCGCUGUUGCUACUCCGGUGCUGUGGGAAGGUGUUUUCGCCUGCUGCUCGGGCUCAGUUUUGGCAGCGCUUCCGCGGCCUAAUCUCGGCAAAAGCCGGGAGGGAAAUGGCGGCGGGAAAACCGUCGGAACGGAGCAGAGGCCCUCGCGCUGCCUGCAAAAUGGCUACCCCGCCUCCGCCACCCCCUGGAAAACUCACUGCCGAGCAUCUUACCCCUGUUGCAGUCCCUCCCCGCUUCCUUGAAAUCAACCACGGUUUCACUGCAAAAUGCCUCAAAGGGCGUAGAACAAAGGAGGGAUGACUUCAGCAAGAACCUCCUCUUUUGAACGGAAAAACUCUGAUUUGCAAGAUAUGUGAAGUGCGCGAAAGGCCCUACCGGCCCAAAAUAGCCUGAAAACAAGAGAGGUUUCCGGCAAAAAUAGCAUAAAGAUUGUUGGUGUGCACCACCCCAGUAUAACUGGAAAAAGUUGCAGAGAGAAACUUUGAAAUUGCCGGUGAAACAUCCCUGCUACUUGAAAGAGCACCAGUUCCCCAGCCCUCCUGGCGACUGAAACCAUCCACACAUAAUCAACACAGAAUCAAGGAGGUUAUUUAAAGCCAGCAUGUAAGAAGGGAACACUCCACUAGGGGCCUCACAGCAAGAGCUGUUCUCUCGCACAUAUUUGACUCUACAAGGCCAGUUUCACAAAAAAUGAAUAAAUAAAUAAUCACCCUUUAAUGUUGGUGUGUGGGACUGCAGAAGCCUCAUGAGUGCACAUGAUGUGGAAAUGCUCAGUGGUGGUCUCCAUCUGGACAGAAGUUGUUAGACUCACCAACUUCAUCCUAAAUAUGUCAUUCUUGAUUAAAGAUGUCAGUGUAUCCCUGAAUAACAUUCUCACAUCCAGAAAGCUAUUCUCUGGCUGCCACCAAUAUUCUCUGGACUAUGCCAGUGCUCAUUGUGGCUAAGAGACUCAUACUAUUUAUUAUUUAUAACGUUUUUAUGCCACACCCAUCGCAGAAGCCUCAGUGGAAAGACAAAUCAUCUCCCUCAACCACACAGUAGACUGAGGACUUUACAACAUUGGCAUGCUAUGAGAAAAUAUGCCCCUGACAACUUCAUCUGAACAAUCAUUUGACAUUUAGUCAAAUUUGUCUGAACUUAAGGAUGUGAAAUAGGAACUUGGAAUGUUUAAGUGUAUCCGUAUAAGUAUACACAUAUACAUACAUAUUAGUAAUACUAGUUCAGUGUAUCUCUGAUCAUUUGUGACAAUAUGUUUUUGUGUUUGGUAAAAAAUAAAUAUAUUUAAAAUGUUAAGCAACAGUCUCAAGUGUCAUCUUAAGGACAGAUAAAUAUAUUAUUAGAUCCAUUUUGAAAACUGCAUGUCGACUUCAUCAGAUGUACAUAGGUCUGUGAAGUAAACACAGAAAUGCAGAAUGUAUAAACAUGAAUAGUGACUUUAUUAACAGAAUUAGCUUAUUGGCAGGAGUCAUUUGCAAAGCACUUGCUGGGUACUAAUGCACUCAUUUCUGCACUGGCGAGCAGAUGAAACCUGUAGUGUGUGUGUUUUUUUCUGAAAAAGAACAUGCAGCAUUGUCCCAAUUCAAGCAACAGGAGUAGGGUUGAGCCGCUUGCUGUACUGUAGUUCAGCCAUAUCUUGGAGUCAGUCUUUGGAGUUCCUGACCCAACUUGAGGUUAGUGGCAAAGCUUGGACAGUUGAAGUGUUCUCCACUGGUCUUCGAAGACUGCUAUUUCUGAUGUCAGAUGGUAGUCCUGCAGGUAAACACUCUAUUGUUUACAGAGUGCAUGUGAGCAGCUUUGGAAGCCUUUUUGAAUGAGGAUGCAAUAAAAUACUUUAACCAGUGAAUGAAAAUAUCCAUGAUCUACUUCCCUUCCUGGAUGAAGAUACUUCCCUCUCAAGCCCUAUGAGAAAAAGGGAAAGCUAAGGAUGCUGGAGCAGAACAAUGGAUUUCUCCUUCUCUUUCAUGCAAGGGAUCAUGGGAAACACAAUUCAGCAACCACCUCAACUCAUUGACUCGGCUAACAACCGCCAAGAGGAUGCUUUUGAUGCCAAUAGUGACAUCACCGAAGAUGGUAGACAGACACCAUAUGAAGCUGCCCUUGCCUUGCAGCAAGGUUUUCAGUAUCCUACACCAACAACAGAGGACCUUCCACCCCUUAUUAAUGGAUUUCCACCAAUCGGCAUGUAUGAACCCCAAGCCAAAUACCAAUCAUAUAGUCAGUAUCCCAAUGGUUCAGCUAAUGGCUUUGGCACAGUCAGAAACUUUAGUCCACCAGAGUAUUAUCAAAUGGAGAACUCUAACAUAAGGCCACAUGAAAUUCUGGAAAAGCAGUCUCCACCACAGCCUCCACCUCCUUCAGUAUCCCAAACGGUGAUUCCAAAGAAGACUGGUUCACCAGAAAUAAAAUUAAAAAUAACCAAAACUAUCCAGAACGGCAGGGAAUUGUUUGAGUCCUCUCUAUGUGGGGACCUUUUAAAUGAAGUACAAGCAAGCGAGUAUGCGAAGUCAAAACAUGAAGGGAGAAAAGAGAAAAGGAAAAAAAGCAGCAAACAUGAUUCUUCCCACUCAGAAGAGCGCAAAUCACAUAAAAUUCCAAAACUAGAACCAGAGGAACAAAAUAGACCAAAUGAGAGGCUUAGUACACUGCCUGAAAGACCGAGGGAAGAAACAGUAGUGUUGGACGAAACCCCGGCUCAGCAGUCAUCUCCUCCUCAAACGCAAACAACAAGUGAUAUCAAAUUUGAGGUUGGGGAUCUCGUCUGGUCCAAAGUGGGGACAUAUCCAUGGUGGCCCUGCAUGGUCUCAAGUGAUCCACAGCUUGAGGUUCAUACCAAAAUCAACACAAGAGGUGCACGAGAAUAUCAUGUUCAGUUCUUCAGCAACCAGCCCGAGAGGGCAUGGGUGCAUGAAAAGCGGGUGCGAGAGUACAAGGGACGUAAACAGUACGAUCAGUUGGUGGCAGAGGCUGCUAAGCAAGCCAACCACUCUGAAAAACAGAAGAUUCGCAAACCAAGGCCACAGAGAGAGCGUGCACAGUGGGACAUUGGCAUUGCCCAUGCUGAGAAAGCAUUGAAAAUGACCCGGGAAGAGAGGAUAGAACAGUACACCUUCAUCUAUGUUGAUAAAGAGCCGGAAGAGGCUUUGUCAAAAGCCAAGAGGACUGCCACGCCUAAGACAGAGGCUAAAAAGAACCGUAGAUCUAAACCAUCACCGAGCCCUCAGUCAGAACAGACCAGUGAGGUUUUGGCAACAUCCUCUCCAUCUAAUACUGAGGUGCGGAGACAUAGUCAGAGGAGGCAGUCCAGUGUGGAAGAAGAGCCACCUCCUGUGAAAAUAGCAUGGAAAACUGCCGCAGCCAGAAAAUCUUUACCCGCAUCGAUAACCAUGCACCAGGGGACUUUGGACCUUCAGAAAUGUAAUAUGUCUCCAGUUGUUAAAAUUGAACAAGUUUUUGCUCUCCAGAAUGCCGCCGGGAAUGGAAAAUUCAUUGAUCAGUUUGUUUACUCUACCAAGGGUUUAGGAAACAAACCAGAAAUAAUCAUCAAGGGGCAUGACAAACUCACGUCCGUCUCAAACCAACGAAACGAGAGAGCAUCCUCCCAGAGUGCACCCUCUCCUGAAUCAUCUUCUGGGUUGGCAAGUUCUGUAGAAAAGAAGCAUCAGAGAAGAUCAAUACGAACUCGCUCAGAGUCUGAGAAAUCCACUGAAGUUGUGCCAAAGAAGAAGAUCAAAAAGGAGCAGGUAGAAACAGUUCCACAGGCAGCAGUGAAGACUGGAUUACAGAAAGGUGCCAGUGAGAUUUCAGAUUCUUGUAAGCCUCUAAAGAAAAGAAGUCGUGCUUCAACAGACGUUGAGCUGACCAGUUCUGCAUACAGAGAUACAUCUGACUCUGACUCAAGAGGAUUGAAUGAUCUACAGGGUAGCUUUGGCAAGCAGUCUGACAGCCCCUCAGCAGCAGCAGAUGCUGAUGCGUCAGAUGUACAGUCCGUGGACUCCAGCCUGUCUCGAAGAGGUUCUGGGACAAGCAAGAGAGACACUGUUUGUCAGAUUUGUGAAAGCUCUGGUGAGUCGCUAGUGUCCUGCGAAGGCGAGUGCUACAGGGUCUUCCAUACAGAAUGCCUGGGAUUGAGCUCACAGCCUGACGGGAAGUUCAUCUGCCUGGAGUGCAAAAAUGGACAACAUCCAUGCUUUUCGUGCAAGCUACCUGGCAAAGAUGUGAAACGCUGCUCUGUCAGUGCAUGUGGCAAAUUUUAUCACGAGUCCUGCGUCCGCAAGUUUGCUACAGCUGUAUUUGAGUCCCGCGGAUUCCGGUGCCCACAGCACUGCUGUACCGCCUGCUCUAUGGACAAGGAUAUUCAUAAAGCAAGCAAAGGUCGCAUGGUGAGAUGUUUGAGAUGCCCCAUUGCCUAUCACUCGGGAGAUGGCUGUAUUGCUGCGGGAAGUUUGUUUGUGUCAUCCCACAUUCUCAUCUGUAGUAACCAUUCCAAAAGGAGCAAUCACUCUUCAUCAGCUGUAAAUGUAGGCUUUUGUUUCGUUUGUGCAAGAGGGCUGAUAGUGCGAGAUCAUUCAGACCCCCUGUUCAGUUCAUAUGCCAAUAAGUCCCACUACCUACUGAAUGAAUCAAAUCGUGCUGAGUUGAUGAAAUUACCUAUGAUUCCUCCUUCUUCGUCAGCUUCCAAAAAGAAAUGUGAGAAAGGUGGGAAGCUGUUGUGCUGUGAAUCAUGUCCCGCAUCCUUCCACCCGGAAUGUCUGAACAUAGAGAUGCCAAACGGCUCCUGGAACUGCAAUGACUGUAAAGCUGGCAAGAAGCUACGAUACAAGCAGAUUGUUUGGGUCAAGCUUGGAAAUUACAGGUGGUGGCCAGCUGAGAUCUGCAAUCCCAGGUCUGUUCCUCUCAACAUACAGGGCCUCAAACAUGAUAUCGGGGACUUCCCAGUAUUUUUCUUUGGUUCACAUGACUACUACUGGGUACAUCAGGGCAGAGUAUUCCCUUAUGUUGAAGGAGACAAAAGCUUUGCUGAGGGGCAAACUAAUAUUAACAAGACCUUCAAGAAAGCACUUGAAGAAGCCGCAAAGCGCUUCCAGGAACUGAAAGCACAAAGAGAAAGCAAAGAAGCACUUGAGAUUGAGAGGAAUUCAAGAAAACCACCUCCCUAUAAACACAUUAAAUCCAACAAAGUAGUCGGAAAGGUUCAGAUUCAAGUGGCAGACUUGUCUGAGAUCCCUCGGUGCAACUGCAAGCCAACGGACGAGAACCCUUGUGGACUGGAGUCGGAGUGUUUAAACCGAAUGCUGCAGUAUGAAUGCCACCCGCAAGUUUGCCCUGCAGGAGAACGCUGUCAGAACCAGUGCUUUACCAAAAGACUCUAUCCAGAAGCAGAAAUUAUAAAAACUGACCGGCGCGGCUGGGGUCUUAGGACAAAACGGAACAUUAAAAAGGGUGAAUUUGUCAAUGAAUACGUUGGUGAACUAAUUGACGAGGAAGAGUGCAGAUUGCGAAUCAAGCGUGCCCAUGAGAACAGUGUGACCAAUUUUUAUAUGUUGACUGUUACAAAGGACCGUAUAAUAGAUGCUGGCCCAAAGGGGAAUUACUCUCGCUUUAUGAAUCACAGCUGCAACCCCAACUGUGAAACCCAAAAGUGGACAGUGAAUGGGGAUGUCCGAGUCGGACUCUUUGCUCUGUGUGAUAUUCCUGCAGGGAUGGAGUUGACGUUUAAUUACAACCUGGAUUGCCUGGGGAAUGGCAGGACAGAAUGCCACUGUGGAGCAGAUAACUGCAGCGGAUUCCUGGGAGUGCGGCCAAAGACGGCAUGUGCAACAGCAAAUGAAGAGAAAGCUAAGAACGCCAAGUUGAAGCAGAAGAAACGAAAGAUCAAAACAGAGCAGAAGCAGAUGCACGAGGAUAACUGUUUCCAGUGUGGAGACGGGGGUGAAUUGGUCAUGUGUGACAAAAAGGACUGUCCCAAAGCUUACCACCUCCUCUGCCUUAACUUGACACAGCCUCCCUUUGGGAAAUGGGAAUGUCCGUGGCACCAGUGUGACGUCUGCGGCAGCCCUGCCACUGCCUUCUGCGAGUUCUGCCCUCAUGCGUACUGCAAGGAUCACGAGAAAGGAGCACUUGUGGCCUCAGCCUUGGAUGGACGUCCGUGCUGCUCUGAACACAACCCGAAGGCUCCGGUGGCCCUAGAAUACUGGUGCAAGAUCAAGCGCCGCUUGGAACAACAGAAUCCCGAGGAAGAAUCCAAGGAAUAAACAUGUCUUUCUCUUAAAAACACAAAAGCAGCCCACGCCCCUCUGAGUGGUGAAUUGUUACAAAUUUGGAUCAAGUGCCAUGGGACCCUCAGUCUUUGUCUUUAGAACUGCCUCUGUGGAACUCAGACAGGGACCAUCCAAUACGGAGUGGCAGCCGGCCUGGGGCAUGUGCGGUCCAAUCCGUUUUUCCCUUGAGCGUGUCCUUUGGGCUCUCGAAGAACAGGAAAGAAGUGUCUUGACAACCCUUUGUCGUUGUUAGAAGAGGAAACCUUUCUGACAUUGAAAAAAAAAUCAUGUUUAAAAUGUUCUUUGAGUGUAGAAACCAAACAUAGCAAAAAUAUUUAUUUAUUUAAUUUUUUGAUGGACUUUUGAGGAUUUCUGGUCCUAUUACAGUCAGUGUGUAGAAGCACCAGCCUGGUAUCUAUCUCAGUAUGUAUCUGUCAUUUUCCCCCCUGUCUAGUUUCAGAAGUACAAGAAGGAGCUGCCCUGCACACCAGUAGCCUUUCAGAUAAAUCUGUUAGGGGGUGGAUCCAAAACCUGUUGUGGCAGCUGAUGGACAGCUUCAUUCCAUAAAGUUCACCGUGACAAGAGUUUUGAGACAGAAAGAUGGUACCUCUUGCAUUACUUUCCAGUGAGUGAACAAUGAUCGUGGUGCAGAAGUUUUCCCACAGGAAACGAGACGUGAUCCACUUAUCCUUGAAGUGCAUUCCGUUUUACACUACACUUUCAUCUGCAAAAAGUGCCAUCCACUGGGAGCUUUAUCUUUGGUGUUUAGAACCCUAUUUUCUUACAAAAGGAAUUGUGCAGCAGAAGCUUCUGGUGGGUUGUGCCUGUCACAGUCCACUAAUGUUAGUGUGAAAAGGCUGUUGGCAGCCAAGGGAUGUCUCAUGUUUUUGCCCAGUGCCCAGUUUAAUUAUGCAUAUGUCACUUUUCUGCCACUGUUGAAUUUUAAGGCAAUUAAGCAGAUAGAAUUUGGAACAGCGCUUUACUUGUCUAUUGCGAGUCUUGCCAUACCAUCAAGAUCAAGGUAGGGAUCUACUGCCUUCACCACCUGUGUUUCCAGUCUCUUCUCUGAUUGGGUUCUGACGGACUAUUGUUUCAUGGAUCAUGUACAGAACAAAGCUGGCCCCAUGGGUUUGUCCCUAAUAAGGCCCCGAUAACGUUAUAACUCUUAAAUUUGCAAGGCAGAAUUUGGCCUUCAGGUGUGUGCAUUUUAGAUGAUCAAUUUGGUGCUUGUAUCAUGGCACAUUGCCAAUGAUCCCAAUAUCCUUGUAUCACUUGACAUCCAAGCUUCCUCAGCAUUCAAAAGAACUACGAUGUCAUUUGGUUUUAGUAUUUGUAGUAGAGUUUUAUAGUUGAUUUGGCUUUAAAGUUUGUUUUGCUCAAAUGGGACCUCUUCAUUGAAUAAGAAGGGUCAGUCUUACAAAGAAAUGUGUCUAUCUUAGAAAUUAUGUUUUUCAUUAGUAGCUCUUCACAAAUCAACAAAACAGCACUGAAAUAACCAGCUUGACUUACACUUUCUUCCACUGGGUGCUCCAAGGAUCUCUUUAAAGUUAUUUUUUUGUACUGAAGACACUUUUAACUGAAUUAAUGCAUUGAUUCGUUGUGCCAAUACCAGAAAACAGGCAGGCAGGUAUAUUCUUGUAAUGCCAGGAUUUACUUGUUUAGGUUUUCUGAUUAGGCUUUGUAUUCUGCUUUUAAAGGUCUAUGAUCUAAGGGACAAGAAAAUGCAGCUUCUAUUUUCCUCAUUUGUACAGCCAUAAAAAAAAAAAAAAUCAGCACACUACAUUUCUUUUAAAGCACCUAAAAUGUCCCUUAGCUCUUCCAUUCAGUUUGCAGCCUCAUUUUGCAGCCUCCUGAAUAUGGUGGCUUGUUUUUGCUUGCUCGUUUUUUGCAUAUUCCUAAAGAUCUUUGUGGACCAAUUGAAUGGUACAGAGCACUGAAGGAAGAUGCCAAGCACUUGAUUACACUAAAGGGCAAUGCUAGAGGAGAAAAGUAAAAAACACUACAGUUGGUUUAUAUAUAUUAAAAGUUAGGUGUUCGUUUUCUGAAUGUGUUUGACAACCUUUUUUUUUUUUUUAUUAGUGUGGUAUGGGGGAGAAACUCUGGGAAGGAAUUUUGUCCCAGUCUAAAAUUCUAAGCCCAGUACUUUCCUUACACUUUGCUUAUAAAGCUUCUCUGCCCAUUCCAUAAAGCUGGUGGAUGCAGAAUAUUGCAAGUACUCACUCACUCACUCACUCACUCACUCGUUCUCUCUUUAUGCACACAGGCAUGCCUGCACCUCUUCCCCCACACACGUCAGUGCUUUUUCCUUAUACUCCUCUGUCCAAGUAGCCAGGCAUUGCGGAAAUUUUGUGAGAGUGCAUUUUGAGGGGGAAAAUAGCCUUCUGAAAGGAUUUAAUGAUGAUGGGCAACAGAUGUCAUUGAGGAUAUGAUGGAGUUCUGAAAUGUUGCUAUCGUGUUGCCCUUAGGCUGACUGUCUUGGCCCAUAAACAUUAGUACGUCAAAGAGGGGGUUGCUCUCACCCCCCACUUUGACUUCGCGUUUUGCACUGCAUCAGUCCUUCCUUCCUAAGCUGCUUCGGACUGCCAAGCAUACUUUUCAGCCCUUGCUUUUUCACAUGGUUUAAGGAAGCAGCAAGGGAAACUUGCUUCCGCUGCUGAAAACAACCCCCAGCAUUUUUCUAGAGUGGCACCCAACAGCAUCAUUAUGGUUUGUGUUGUUGCUCUGAGUGCGAUUUAGGAAGCAAGGUGGGUAAGAUUUCUAUAAAUAGAGUGGAUUUCAGGAGGGUCACCAUCUCGGCAAAUACCCCACAUACAUAGAGUGGCAACUUAGGUUCCAUAGAAUUAAUGGGCAUUCCACUGCAUGUCGCCAUGCAGCUUAAAUGACUGUUUCAAACUUCUUCCAUUAAAACGUGCAAUGAAGAGAAAAAGGAAGCUUUUAUUGGAAGGUACCUUGUUCUAUUAUGAACACCACAAAGGUUCCUCCUUAGGCUAAGAAGUUUCAGUUCUGAGCAGGAGCACUCACAUGUUUCUAAGUUUUACCUAAGUUUUUAUGUUAUCUUGGAUAGUUUUGUAGCAGUUGGUUUAAACAAAAGCAGCGACUGACAAGCCGCAGUUUUACAGAAAAGGCUAAGCCUGGAGAAAGAACAUCAAGCACUGGUAAUGUCCCCCACUUCGUUUCUAAUCAUGGUCAUCUAGUCUCAGAGUGAAUCACUGAAACAUUUGCUGGGGGCGAGGCUGAGCUAGUUGAAGGCUGGUGGCAAUCUGGACUAUGUACAGAGCAUGCACCUUAGUGAAGAACAGGAUGUCUUCAGCUAAAAUACUGCGGCUUUCUGUUCUUGUUACCUGAGCUAUACAAAGAUGAAGGAGGCUUUCUGCCCAAACUUGCUGCCCGUAGUGUAAGGAAGCCUUCUGGCCGUAUUGUCCCCGCACACACACUCACCAGAGACUUGGUCUGCUUCUCACACUGCAGUCUUCAUAACACACACGCACUGCUGCAGGAAAAGGCCCGCUGUCGACUGCAAAAAGGGCAGGUGGCACAAUGAAGGCCGCAGGGUCGAUGCUGCAGGUUUGCUUCCUGGCUGUCAGCCCAGUGCCUCAGAAUGAACGCUCACGCAGGCACACGGAUCGCCUCUCCAGCAGUGUUUCCACGCAUACUUCCCGACUUGCCACUUUCUCAUGUGUUCCAGCGGCAGACAGCCAGGAAACAUGCCCGCCCCUGUGCUGGGGCCCUCAGAAGCAGCCAUUUAAAUCUUUCUAUCCGGUCUCGUGUUGAGUUUUAGGGAACCAGACUCAAGAAGUGUGGUGGCUCAUGGCUCUCUCUUCUCUGGUGGACAACCACCUGUGUGAUCACCCUUGUGUUGCUUUUCCUUGCAUCUCCUGACAGGGAUGGACUUCCAGAUGUAUUAUGUGAAGAUGUGAGUCUGCUGCGGCGGGUGGCUGGAGACUCCCCUGCAGCUUGUACCAAUAUCAGAUAUGUGUCUUAAAACAAGUGUUUGUAUUGUACUAUAGGUUUGUAAUAUACAAUGCAGGUACUUCAUACAUUGUGUUUUAUCAGCCCUCAGGUGUGCAUCUGUGUACGCAAAAUUCAGUGUGAGAAACAGCCCUGUAGAAAUUGUAUCACGAAGUAAAAGGGGCUUGGGUGUUUAUUGGCCUUUAUGUUUGGACUCUUGCCUCUAACAUAUACAGAUGGUGUUGGGAAGAUGUAACUACUAGAAUAUCAUUACCUUCUAACCAGAGUUGACUGUGUAUAUACUGAGACGUUAAGGGCGGAAUAUCUGCCGCUGGUACGAAUUUAGUCACUUUAACAUUGGAACUUCUGCCUCAUUGAAUUCAGGGUUUAAUGUACUUGAAGCCGUUUCCAUUCUUUCUUUACAGCUUGUGUUUUAUUUAUGCAUUUUGUAUCGUAUAGCAAAAGUCUCUUUCCCCACCUUAACAUGGAAUAUAAGAUUGCUUUCCAUUCCUGUAGCACGUUACGGACGCAAGGCAAAAAGAAAGGACUCGGAAAGUGCCUGUGUGUCUCCCUGCGCCACGCUCUGAAGAAAGAGAGCUACUGUAUGAGGCAUCGGCAGCAUCACGACUUUCCACCUAAUGUUUACUUUCAGUACUAGCCCUCCUCCUUUCCCCGGUCCCCUUCACACAUUUCAGGGAAAAAUGCACUUACGAAAGCACUCCUGGACGUACUGCACAUAGCUUUGCGAGAUGGAGAUGGGCAAAUCAGCACCCAGCCAUGUCCUGCUGCUCCCGGGGUUUUGGAGAGAGUAAGAGGAAAUGAAGCAAGCACUUGGUGCACCUGUGUUUUCCGUGCCGAAAAUGAAGAGCACAUUCUACCAAACGGCCGUGCUGGGCAAUUACCUUUUCUGUCCAUGGAGUUUGCACAGAAAGCUACACAAGCUUCAUUGAAAGGAAGGAAGGAAGGAAGCCUAAGCACGGUACAUGGUGGAUUGUGUCCUUUUUAUCCAUAUGUAACUUCAUUUCAAAUAAAAGAAAAAAAAACCCUGCUGCUUUGCCAAAGCUGUUCACCAGUUCACUGCUUCCCAUUAGUGGUACUAAUGGGAAAUGUACAGUAACCUAGUAUGGCUUGAUUUCUACUGGGUUCUCUUUCUGCUUUUGGAAAGAAGUUAGAGCAACCUAUUGAAUGCUUCCCCAAACACUUGCCCCACAGCCCUCACACGGGGCAUCCUGGCGGAAUUGGCUCUCCGAAGAGAGCUAACAGGAUGAAACCUUUAGUUCUGCUUCUUACCCAUUCAGAUUGGUCUACUUAGCAUCCUUCCCCUGCACCUGUUUUCUUAAAUAACUUGUGUUGCCAUUGAAAACCAAGAUGGUAAAAUAGCUAUUAUGACUGGCGAGUAACAAGACUGUGUCUUUUUAUUGUUUAUAAGAGUAUGUGCUUAUUCUGAGUUUGCUAUUGAAAAGAAAAAAAAGACAAAUUCAUUUGUACCCACACAUGUGAUAUUGCACAACGGACACCAAUACCAACAAUUUGUCUCCAUUCCUGUGUACUCUUUAACUGUAACAAUGACUUUGUAGAAUCGUUAUUUCUGUAGACCUUGUUACUAUGUACCAAACUUUGUAGAUUCUGUGAAAUGUUAUUUUAACAAAAACCACCAGAGUCUUUAAUAGCAAAAUCAUUGAUAUUCACUUAAAAAUCAAUAUCUUAGGAGUUUCUCAACCCCAAAUAUAGAAGCUCUUAACACUAACAAGUAGUGUUAAUUUUCCCUGGGGGUGUUCCAUGGGGACGUUACUGUAUUAUGACUUGAUGUUGCUGCGUAGACUUUGAGACUUAACAACAUUUUGGAGGGUUUUGUUGUUUACCUAUGUUCUCUUGCAUAGUGUGAAAUCUAUAAACCUUGGUUAACCUGUAUAUAGAUAGCUCAUUGUUUACUAGUCAUAGUGUAUCUAGAAUUGCCUGUAAUAUUUUAGCUUCUUACUGAAUGUGAGUGAUGGUAGGAACAUAAUUUUUGUACAUUAUAUUUACUGAGAUGUUGCCUUUUUUAUUUUACAAAUACUUUGGAAUUCAGAUGUGUUUUUGCUUCCGUGAAAAUUAAUUUGGAAAGGUUUUUAAAAUGACAUUCCACUGAUUUAAAUCUUUGCUUGAGGUUGACUUCAAUAAAUUGUUCUGAAUGUU